AAAGUUUUAAUGAAUAGAUUUGUUGGAAAUCUAAUUAAGACAACAUAGUUAAUUAAGUAAGAUUAAGACAGGACCCCCGAACCAGGUGUCAUUAUUACAUCGCACACAAUAACUGCGCGCGGACGCCAAACCACACAUAUUCCCAUUUCAACUUUUGUAAUAAUAAUCUGUUUCGAUUCCGUCGAAUAAAUUGCGUCACUGUUCGUACCUUCUUUCUCAUUCUCCCACGAACCUUCUUUUUUUCUCACUCUCUCUCACACAGACGCACACAGUCACAGAGUGAAAAGACAACUCGGGCCGGUGAAGCAUCAAGGUCAUGGAGAAUGGAUCUCCGACAAUUGGAUUUGAAGACGGGACAAUUGAUGUUGAUUGUCUGCUUGUAGAACCUCAAAAUGGGCAUGUCUCGAUGGACAGUGCCAUGUGUUUUAACGAGAAGAUUCCGGAUAAUUCCAUAGACAUGGAAGAUGUCUCCUGCAGUUUCGGUUUGACCAACACUGGUAUUGCCCAGGGAGGGGAUGAAAUUCUCGAUAGAGAUGUACUUGAUUCGAUUUGUAGUGAAGUCGAAGACGGGUAUUUUAGGUUGCAAAACGAUUUCUGUAGCAUGGGAGAAGAAUAUCUUCUAGGUUUUGAAUUUCCCGAAAGUAUUACAAACCUGGAUUAUAUUUCAAGGGAAGAAGCCUUGCAAACCUCAGUCUCGUACGGUCCACCUCUCGGAUCUUGUCUGAAUAUCGACAGCACUCCUUGGAAAUCGAAUCUAUUCAGCAUAAUGGAACCCACUAUAUGCCAUAACAUGCCCGAAACACUGGUGGAGGAGGAGAAGAAGCCUUUAAACGAGGAUAUUAUCGACAAAUUUCACGAUAUUUCAAGCUGUUCUUUUGGAGAUGUUGUAUUAUCCGACGAGAAAUAUACAAGCCCCUCCCCAUCAAAUGACGAAUUUGGUCAGGUGGGCCCCACCAAAUUUAAUAAGCUGGAUAAUACAUUACUGAAAAUGUCGGCUGAAACUCUUCCUACGCAAAAGAGAUCGCGUAAGCCCACGCAGAGGUACAUUGACGAACUAGCAGAUCCUAUUUCAAGACAUUCUAAAAAAAGACGGGAGUUUUCUUCUUCUUCGACAGUUAAGGACAAGACUUUAGUAGUUAAAGAUCAUAAGAAAUGUCAAAUGGGAUCUCGAGCAAUGAUAUUACCUUCUGAAGAGGAGUCUUCGAUCAUAGCUAUUCAAGUGCCGUUUGGUUCUUUAGCGCAUAAAGAAUGUCCAAAUCUUCCUUCAUGUGAUGCGGUGCAUGGUUCAGAUAGGGGAAACCCUACGAUUAAGCCAAAAGAGAAUCAAAAGAAGAGGGAUGAUUGUAUGACAGCUCUCGAUUUAAAGAAACGGGAUGAAAGUGCUGCCACAUCAGCAUGUCCGAAGAAAAGGGAAGAUGAUGUUAUCGCAGCUCAUUUAAGGAAGGGUGACAGACAGAUGACAGCUGUCAAUCUAAAGAAACGGGAUGAAAGUGCUGCCACGUCGGCAAGCCCGAAGAAGAGGGAAGGUGAUGCUAUCGCAGCUCAUUUAAGGAAGGGGGAAAGACGGACAAUCCCGAGUCAGAAAAAACGAGAUGAAUAUGAUCCUAGUUUUGAUUGUCCUGAAGAAGAAGUUAGUGGUCGGAGGAAACACCAUAUAUUAUGGACUACUGCAGAAGUUAGAAAAUUAAUCGAUGGUGUUUCCGAACAUGGUGUCGGAAGAUGGAGUCGAAUAAAGAAGCUUCUAUUUUCUUCUUCUGCUCAUCGUACUUCUGUAGACCUCAAGGACAAAUGGCGGAAUCUUUUGAAAGCAAGUGGAUCUCAAGGGCAAGGGAGUCUACAGGUGGGGGAGAGGAGGAGGAAUCUGGCGUGGCGGCCUCUACCGAAGUCGAUUUUACGGCGUGUGCGUGAGCUGGCGAACGUGUAUCCUUAUCCGAAAGGUCGGAAACACAAGAUUGGUGCGCGUAUUAAUCGGGAUUCUCCGGAUAUAAGUACGGAUAUUACGUUGAGUGAUUAUAGAAGGAUCUUACGAAGUAUUAAUGGCGAUUGAUUCUUCUAGGGCAAUUUUAUAGAAUUUUCUUUUUCUUGUUCAACUGUCCUAGCUAGGUUUGGAUGAAUGAUGUGGCUCUCUGUCCUAAACAGCUCUGGAGUUGGGGUUUCAAUUGUCUGAUUUUUCUACAGUUAGGUGUUGUGAAACAAUGGAAUUGUGCAAUCAUUGCAGUCUUUA